AUGGGCCAGUGUGACGAUGUCGAAUGCAAGUUGCCGAUGGGCGUUCUCCACGAUGUCUCUAAACACGAAUGCGGCCAUCAUGAUGCUGCAUACAGAACCUGGAUUCAUCUGAAAAGCCGACGUCAUGCCAUUCCUGCGUCCAAGUUCGUCGUUGAUCACAGCAUUGGAUACGCUCCUGCCUCUGAUGCAGCGACAAGGGUAGCCGAAGGUAUGGUCGCCAUGCUUAUAGUCCAUGCUGCUGAAAACGUCGUCGAACUGUUCGUGCAGACACUUGUUGUCUUGCAAAUGACUCCAUUUGUUGACUCAGGAUUAGAAGAAAUGAAGAAUCAAAGCUGUGAUUCAGGAAAGUCAGAAGCGGUGUGUGAAGAACCAACUAGAAUAUUCUUUGAGACACCUGAGGAUAUGCUGAAUCCAUUAGCUAUUAAUCCAUCUUUUGUACCUAUUGUCCUCACCCACAGCAUAAUCUUCUUCCUAGGCAUUGUUGGAAAUAUGGUUGUUAUCGUGACUUGGGCAGGGUCCAAGCCAACCAGGUCACCCACGUGCACGUUUUUAGUGAGCCUUGCUGUUGCCGAUCUUAUUUUGUUGGUUUUUUACGUCCCUCUGGAGCUGAUGGGUUAUUUUGUUAUCACGUGGGAUGCUGGAGGAACCAUUUGCAAACUUAGUUCAUACGUCGAGAUGUUAUCUGGCAUGGCAUCUGUAUUGAAUCUUACUGCUGUUAGCAUUGAAAGGUUUUUAGUUAUAGCCUAUCCAAUAAUGGCAAGAAGGUUUUGUACAGUCAGCACAUGCCGCAGAGGUCUCUGCAUCGUAUGGGGUUUAGCUAUAACUUUAGCUCUUCCAGUUUGCCUCACGAAAAGAAUCUAUCCAAUAACAUACUUUAACAAUCAAACCAGUAUCACUGCGUAUUACUGUUUCGAUUCUACUGACAGCAUGGCAUUUAUGGUUGCUAUCUAUCAGUUAGUGGCUAUGUUUAUUGUUCCAGCUUUCUUCAUGAUGCUCUGUUAUAUAUGUGUCAUCAGAGAACUAUGGAGCAGUACAAGAACAGUGGCUGCCAUGACACGUCCUACAGAAUGUGAUUCGGACAGAGAGGAGUUGCAUAAUUCGAGACAUUGCUUAUUACGAUUUAAUUGGGGCCGCCGACAACAGAGGGCGACACCAGAGAGAAUGCUGAGUAUACACAGACAAGGCUUAGAAAUACAGCAUGCACGAAAGCAGGUCAUCAAAAUGCUUAUUCUAGUUAUUAUUCUCUUUCUCGUGUGCUGGGGUCCACGCCUUAUCAUGCACGUCAUCAUCAAGCACGGUCUUAACUCCUUCACCGAUCACAUAUACAAUCUUCGAGUGGCCGCUUAUCUGCUCUCUUUCGCACAUUCCGCCAUAAACCCAAUCAUAUACGGCUUCAUGUCCACCAAUUUCAGAAAGAUGAUGCUUCAGUGCUGCAAAGACAGCAUCUGCAAUCUGACAACUUGCACAGUUUGCCGACACUCGAGCAGCUACGUGAUUGAAGAGCUGCCUGAAAGGCGCAAUCUAUCUGAUUCGUAUGAGUUUAGUACCCUUACAACAAGCACGAGACGAUCCCGACAAGCAAAUUCCAUCAAUGUUGAAGAUCAAAGAUUUCGAAGGAGUGAAGAACUAUGGACAGCUGUUUAAAGUAAACAAUUGAACAUUGUUUCAUAUUGAGUAUUACUCUUUUUAAAAUGACUUUUUACCAACAGUAGAAAUAAUUUUCUUCUUCUUCAUAUUCCUUUUAGAAGAUGCUGAAACUAUUUUUUUAAAUUAUCAUUUUCUU